GUAAUCAAAGGAUUAAAAUGAACUCUAGACUCUAGUACAUCUCAGUUAGCCUAUAAAACCAAUCUCAAUGCUAGUUUUUUGUGUAAUACUUAAUCAACUGUGUCUAAAAUGCGUGUUUCUCUGUUGAUUGUUUUUGUGUUCGCUUCCGUGUUUUCGGUUCAGUUAGUGAGCAGCAAACUGAGCUACAACCACGACGACGACAACUUAGAUAACUUGAGAAGAUGGCAUCAAUCUCAACUGAGAAUAUUUCAAAAACCUAACGAGAGGCAGUCAGAACUGCUCCAAGGAUCCGAUGAAAGCAGUGAAUCCAGUGAAGAAUCAUUGAGUGUUAGUGAAUCCAGGGAAAGUGAUUCAAGUGAGGAAGAACCACCGAAACCCCCUCGUCCAGGUCCCAAACCUGGACCUAAGCCUGGGCCCGGACCUAAACCAGGGCCUGGACCGAAACCUACUGACAAACCGGAACCCAGUCCACCGGGGCCCAAACCAGGUCCUGGACCUAGGCCUACCCAUCAACCAGGUCCCGGGCCCAGACCGAGACCUAGACCGUCACCUCCGCCGAGACCCACCCCAGGACCUACCACUGAUACACCCGUGACGGAACCAUCGACAUCGACCGAACCCGAGGGAAGUGGAAGUGGUGAUGUAGAUUAUUUUAAAUGGUGAUACGACUUCCAUUAACAACUGAAAAAUGAACAGGUUAUAUUUGUAUCGAGAUUUAUCAAAGUAAAAAGUUUAGAUAUUUUUUGUAAUUUUUUAAUCUUCAACCUUCUGGUAAAAUGUGUCUACCUAGUUAAACAUUUAAAAUUACUAAACGAAAAUGCCGAUCAAUGUGAUUGUAUAAUAUAAAUAGAUUACAAGUAGUAUAUUAAGUUUAGGUUGAAACUUUUACACACGUUAAAUAUUAACUGAAAAGUUCUUUUAAAUUACCUGUUUUUAGUUACCUGUCCAAUAUCUGAAUACGAGAGUUUAUACUCAGGAAGUGUUCAAUUGAAACUAUAAAAAGCGCAAUGCCUGUAAAUCUGCAUUGUCUUCAUGAAGAUUUUAUUACUUUAUCGAGUAGUUUAAUCUAGAAGUAGUUAUUUGUGGACCAAGUAUAUGCACAUUUUCAGUAGGUAUUAGCAUUUACUAUUAUAAUAGUCAAAGGUAUUAGUUUUUAUGUUGACAUAAAAUAAUCCACAGCUUUUUUAAAUUGUAUAGCACCUGGAUAUGAACAACGUAAAUUAUUCAGCGAUUGAGCUAACCUCUACAAGAGAAGAUAUUGAAGUAACAUCUUCAACUACUUUUCAGUAAGCUCUUCUUUACGCAACGCUUUUACUAACAAACAUAACUUAACGUUUAAGUUGUUUCAGCUUAACACCAAGUGCUACGUAAUCGUAUGGUAAUUAAUUAAGGGGUUGUAAAUAUAGGUAGGCUUUGUAUUUAUUUAAACUAACCUACCAAAUGGUUAAGGAAGUCUUAAAGCGACUGAGCCUCGCUGGGUGAAAUAUAUUAGUAUACUUGAA